UUCCUCUGUCUCAAUUCACCACAAUGUCUAGCGAGGAACUUUAACUGCUGACAAUGAUGCACUCCUCAAGGCCCUCAAAGUCUUUUGGGCUAAAGCCUAGAAGCUAGACGUGAAGCAAAAAUAGGCCGAGGAGGCUCCUGUUGAAGAAACAAGCAAGAUAAAGGUUAUGAAGAGGUCAAAAAGCUGACGAUCGUAAGGAACAGAUUGGAUUCUUUGAUUCCCUUAUAGGCUUGUUACAAUAACAAGUUCUGGAAAAAAACAAGGGUUAGUUUGAUGAUCGUCCAUCCAUUGAUAUUGGACGUUCUCGUCAGAGGACAGGUAAUGCUCGUUUAUACUAUUGCGAAGCCAACAAGUUCUCAGACUGGUGUGGAUAAGGUGAUGAUCGGAAUAGAAUUCUUGAUCCAUCUGUUGAAGGACGACCUUCCAUUUGUGGGUGGAGAGCCAAGAAAAAUCGGUGAGGGCGUUAACAUUAUCACCAUUUCUAAACGAAACCGGAUUGUUGACCCUGAUUUUGAUCAUGCGAAGGAUGCAGAUGCUAUGGACCAAAGGAAGAACGAGGGGAACCCUCCUCACGGUGAGGGCAAAAUCUUGGAUCGCCAAGGCAUUCCCAGCAUAGUGAGAGAUGAGAAGGUAACUGAGCGACAUCGGGAAUCCUCUGAUUCCUUAAUGCACCGCCUUGUAGAUAUGGAGGAAUACUUUGCACGUACCAUGGGAUAUCCUUGAGGGGAUGGUGAUCCAGGAAUCGUCAAAGCUAUGAUGAGAAUUGAUUGGGUAGAGAAAGAGAUAAUCAUUUUGCGUAAGGAAUUUUUUGCCUUCCGAGGGAGAUGGUUGCUACUCAAGAGGAGACGGUGGACCAAUGUUUGGAGGUGUCAGCCACUAGA